UUUAUAUUGUAUAUUGUGGCUUGAUUGUAAAUCUUUUAUAAAAAACGUAAAAACUUUUCUUUUUUGUACAAUUUCUAAAGAAUCAUUAAACGUAUUGAAAUAACUGGAAGGAGACAUUUGAUUACUGUGAUUGUUAGAACUUUUGCAUACGCUGAAUGUAAGCAUCUUAACAUAUUUGCCGACUCAAAUGUGUGGAAAUGGCUUAAAAAAGAAAAUUUUAUAUACAAUACCAAAAUGCACAGUCGGAAUAGUUGCGGUAGACAAGGGAAACAUUUUCUGUGCUCAAACCUCCUCUGUGAUGAAAGUAUAUUAGGAAGCUUUUUGGCGGAGCAAUCUAAAGUGAAAUAUAAUCAGAAGAGCAUGACAAGUGACUGCUUUGGUUACAAUGAUAAAUAACUAACUUUCCCUGGCCUCUACGUGCACUUUUCCCACCUCUAUCGCGCACAUCCUAUUCCCACGAAAUUAGCAGAAAUAUGCAAGCAAAAAAGCGAUACAUUCUGGUCUUUGUUUCCUGCGCAUUUUUAGCUUAUUGUUACUUUGGUGGCUACCGGCUGAAAACGGUGCCAUAUCAUAACCGUGUUUCUCGACUUGAUCCAAUGCUCUCAUCAUCUGUUCAGAAUGACAACGACUUUCCUGGACAUUUAAUCAAUUACAUGUUGCCGGCCUCUGCAAAAGACGGAAUGGGCCCUUUAAAUGAGGAUGUGGUUGAAGCUGCUUUAAAAACACGUAACGCUUUUCUAUCGGUUUCGAAUUCCAAACUGCGAGUUCAAGGACACCUGGCUGAUUUUGCACAGCUUCCAUGUCGAAUGGAUAAUUGUUUUGAUUUUAGCAAAUGUUACGACGAAUUUUUGGUCUAUGUUUACCCACCUGAACCUCUGAACUCCUUGGGCGCAUCACCUCCGAUUUCAUCGAAUUAUCAAAAGAUAAUAACAGCAAUUCAAGAGUCUCGUUAUUAUACCACAGACCCCAGACGGGCGUGCAUCUUUGUUUUAGGUAUUGAUACGUUAGAUCGUGACUCUCUUUCUGAGGAUUAUGUGAGAAACGUACCUUCUCGUCUGGCCCGUUUAUCUUAUUGGAAUAAUGGCAAAAAUCAUGUUAUUUUUAAUCUCUAUUCGGGCACAUGGCCUGAUUAUGUAGAAAAUUCGCUUGGUUUUGAUACCGGUGAAGCUAUACUUGCAAAAGCCAGUAUGAGUGUGCAACAAUUACGCCCAGGAUUCGAUAUCAGCAUUCCAUUAUUUCACAAGCAAUUCCCACUGCGUGCUGGGUCUACCGGUCUAGCGGUUUCGAUGAAUUUCCCGUUGAACAAAAAAUAUCUACUUGCUUUUAAAGGCAAACGAUAUAAAGCUUGCAGACGUUUCAGUAAUGGGCUCUAUGCUGCAGACACCAUUGCAAGUAACGCACACACAACGUAUGCGGACAUGUCCUUGAUAUAUUGGAAAGGUUUCUUCAAAAUUUCGAAGAAGCGCCUUAUUUAUUUCCAGAAAACUGUUUUAAUAUAUAUGUAUCUCCUGGCGCUCUGCAUUAUCUAUCAACAUAAUUAUAGCUGUGAAUGUAGGUCUACAAAUCAAGAUAUGAGGAUACAGCGUCGUUUUAUGUGGAAACAAAUGGACGGUGCGGUUGAUGGUUUUCUUAGUCAUAUGAUAUCCAGAACCCGCGUUGUGAAGAAUGUUGUUGGAAGUUAUGUGUCGAAAGAAAAUUCUACAAAGAGCGCCCUUGAUUAUUUGCCGAUCGAAACUACCAGGAUAAAAUAUAUCUUCAGAAAUCCACUUACGAAGGAAACCAAAGUAAUAAACAUGCGGCCUUCGAAGAAAUUCAUUAAAUUUUCAGCAUUUGGCUCGAACCCGUUGGCAGCGAGCAGUUAUAAAGUUACCAGUAUCAGUCCACAAAAGCUUCGCCAAAUAGAAAGGGAGCAAGAAUUAAUAGCCGAAGGCCAUAUCAAUAAACUAGAAGAUAACAACUUUGCUGUAAAUAGAAGCUCAGCCAAUAAGGUCCCGCGUAAAAAACAGGAUCACACUAUUACAAUUAGUCGCGAGAAUAAUACCAUCCGUGAACAUACAGAUAACUGGGAACCAAUUAUCGAACCUGCAACGAGUCACUACUUCUCUUCUACUUUUAAACCUAGUAAGAAGGCUUUGUUACAUACUAGUGUUGUCGAAGAGCUACCGCCACAGCCAGAAAAAUUUUUUUAUAGCCCUACCCAAAAUCCUAAUGAAAUUAAGCAAGGAAAUAAAUCUAUUAUAGCUCAUUCUUAUGAAGUUACCGAAAAUGUUGUGGAGGAAACGGUAAAUCAGCCAGUUACUUAUGAUCACCAUAGUCAUCCUGAAUUCAUGCUACGUACAGGAUCUGAUGUAACAGUUACCACUUUAUACCAAAAUACAAAUAGAGAUUUCACGCAGAGAAUAUUUGAAAGACAUAAGGAAAAACUUCAUUUCACGUCAACUGAGAGACCUAGCUACUCGACUAUGUUCCUUGAUAUUGUCAGGAAACAUUCCGAAAAGUCGAGCAAUGCAACAAUGAAUUUGCCCUCAGAGAAUAUUCCGUUAAAUCUAACUAAGCAUGUUGAUUUAAGAUCUGCGUCUACCAGAAGACGGGAACGGGAAAAACCAAAACAGCAUGCGAGCCAUUACCAAAGUUCUAUUGGGAUUGUAGAGAACAGAAAAAAGAUUGGUAUGCAAAAACCAUUAACUACCAAUAGCACUUUUCAAAAAACUAUUCGUACCAAUAUUUCAAACGCAAAUAAUGAAUACGAUCGGCAGAGAGGAUCAGUGAAAUUUAAUAAUAAAAUCGCUAUUGAGGAAUUUUAAUUGUAAUUUUUCAAAUUAUGAAAUAUAAAUGAAAAAACCAACCAUGAAAGCAUAAGACUAUAAUUACAGUUUUUCACAAAACAUUAAUAACUGCCAGUUAACCGUUUUUAAAAAAAAGAAUUCUUUUUUGGAUUAACCGCUUGAAAAAUCAGCCAUGCUCAUAUGUGCUCGACUGUUUCUUGGCUUUUGCUGUAGGUAGCAAUAUUCAGCAAGGAAGUUCUAUGUAUCUAAUAUAAUUCUAUGUAUGAAUUCAGCGAUAAUAUUGAGAAAUAUCUGGAAUAACGAUGUCGAACAUAAAGGAAAAUACAAUGAGAACUAUAAAAUUGCUAACCAUUUCUUUCGCCAUUGUCAUUCAUGAACAUCAUCCAACAAGGGAAUCAUUUAUAAACUAAGCUUGACAGGUUGAAAAGUUGUCACGUAGAUGGGUUAAGAUAUUUUGAAAAUCUGUUCACUGUACCUUAGUCGAUGUUCCGCACAUGAAUCCCAUUAAAAUAAAUUCUACUACCAAAAAAAAAAAAACAAAUAAAUAAAUAAAAAAAAUUUUUCUGAUUGUCUUACGGAAUUUUCCGUUCAAAAACAUAGAUAUGGUUAUAUAAAAGCUCCACUACAACAGGUCGAAAUCAAAUAAGCGUGCUGGAUUAUUUGGGUUAGUUCUAAUUCAUAACACUUCACUUAAUAAGUUCGCAACAUAACAUAUAUACAUCGGCAUUAUUGACAAAUCCAUAUGCUUUUUAGGCAGUACCAACUCUCCAAAAUUUCAUUCUGAACACUAGUUUACAAGCGUUUUUUGAUUCUUUGGACGGCAGUCGAUUUUAUUUUGAACCAAACCAAAAAUGUUUUAAAUAUCGGUAGAUAUUUGAAUUUUCGUUGUUAAAAAAAAUAAAUAAAGAUUUAGUCUAAAAAUGCAACGAAAUAAGUUCGUUUAAAAAAUGCUAUUUCAGUAAACUACAAUUGGUGAUCCUCUGAAAUAAGAAAAUGAUCGUGAGGGCUCCUUUUAUUGCUGUUUAUUUAUUUAAUGAGAGAGAGAUGUCUUAUAAGCUACUAGCAACUCAUAAAGAAAGUAAAGCAACGACAGCUGUUUACCUAGAAAUAUAAAUAACUAUAACAAACAUCAUUGAAUGAACGCUAUUGAAAAGUGAUGUCAAAUAGUUUGGCGGUAUCUACAAACGCGUCUGAAAGCAAUAGUCCUGUGAAUUACAAAAUCAUUUACAGUUUUGAAGUUUAAAAUUUUGUGAAAAAUGGUAUGCAAAGAAAAAUGUAUAUAACGCCCACAACUACGUCUCACAAAACGCAAUUGAUAACACGUAAUAAUAACCGAAGUAUCGCUCCAAAUGUUGACAUUACAUCACCUUCAUAAUCGACCAUCGUCCAUAACGUAGAACAUUUUUAAUGUAUACACAAAAAAAAAAAAUUGUGUAUGAUCGAUCAUUCGUUCUUAAGGUAUUA